AUGUUGGCCACACCAAUCCCGCAAUACGUGGAUGCGCGACAUCUGUGUAGAAUGGAAGACAAAACACAGUAUAUCUUCGCACUCUUGGGCCUCUUGGCUUCGCUCUACUUCAUAUAUUGGAAAGCUGACCCGCUGUACAAUAUCCCAGCAAUCGGCCCGUCAGCACCUAUCUUGUCAUACCUAGGCGCUUAUAGGUACUACUAUCAUGGCCGGCAGGUCCUCCGAGAGGGCUACCGCAAGUACAAGGUCUUUCGAGUCCCCAUGCUCGACCGGUGGGUGGUCGUUGUAAGCGGUGCCGACAUGAACGAGGAGCUCCGCAAAUUGCCUGACACACAUGUCUCCCUUGCCCAAGCUGUGAAUGAGUUUAUUCACUCUAAGUACACCGUUGCGCGUGAUAUUACUGACCAUCCCAUACAUACGGCGGUGAUUCGUGGGCCUCUCACCCGCAACUUGAACUUGCUGUUCCCCGACGUCGUGGACGAAAUGAAGACCGCCUUCCCAGAGGUUAUGCCAUUACCCACCCAUGAUGGCGAAUGGGUAGCCAUUUCAGUUCGUAACACCAUGGCGUGCAUCGUUUCCCGGGCUAGCAACCGUGUUUUUGUCGGCCUUCCACUAUGCCGUGACCCAAAGUUCUUGGACACUCUCGUCGAAUAUGCACUCUCCGUUUCGAAAGCGAGAGACAUUCUGAAUGUCAUGCCAGGCCGGGUGAGAGGGAUUGUAGGGAACGUCCUGCCUUGGGUAAAGCGCGCAACCCGGCAUGCCUCGGUAUGUAUUCAGCCAAUGGUUCAAGAACGUCUCCAGAGAUUGCAGAACACCGAUGACGAUCAUGGAGACAAGCCGCACGACUACCUUACAUGGCUUAUCGAGGAGACACAGAAGGUGAAGCUGAGCCCCGACUUCGUAGUCCAGGGAAUCUUGGCGUCGAAUUUCUCUGCCGUUCACACGGCGAGCAAUAGCAUCACACACGCGCUAUUUAACCUCGCUGCGCAUACCCAAUACAUGCAGCCACUUCGCGAAGAGGUCGAGGAUAUAAUCAAGGAACAUGGCUGGACGUAUAAUGCCAUCAAAGAGAUGUGGAAGUUAGACAGCUUCAUGAGAGAAUCGCAGCGCCUGUGUGGUGUCACCGGCGUCUCCCUGAUGCGCAAGGUUCUGCUGGAUAUCACUUUGUCCGAUGGCACAUAUAUACCGAAAGGAACUCUCGUUGUCGCUGCGUCCUCCGCGACUCACACCGACAAGACGUACUACGAGAAUGCUGAGGCGUUCGUACCAUUCAGAUUUUACGAUAUGUGCACCGAGAAUGGUACGCUUGGCACACAGUUUGUCAAUACUUCCAAAGACUACCUUGCCUUCGGUCACGGGAAGCAUGCCUGCCCUGGCCGUUUCUUUGUCGCUCACGAGCUCAAAGCAAUGAUGGCGUAUAUCAUUCUUCACUAUGAUGUGAAACUCGAGGACGGUGCUUUGUGGGUCUGGCACGACAUCCCUCCGCCAAGUGCGAAGAUACUCUUCCGCAAACGCCAAUCGGAGGUGGAGUAG